AUGACACCAUCAAUUCGCACAAUCGAUGAGUUUACUCAUCUCCCCUUUGACUUUCUCGUCAUAGGUGGCGGAACAGCAGGUCUUGCACUAGCAGCCCGUCUCGCUGAAUCCAACACUUCAUACACAAUUGGCGUUCUCGAAGCAGGUCCCAUUGUUCAAAAUGAUCCUGACGUAGAUAUCCCAGGCCACUACGGCAAAACGUUGGGAGGAUCCUACGACUGGAAACUUGAAACCACACCCCAGAAGGGUCUCGGCGGACGGACGUUGCCGUGGCCGAGAGGAAAGGUGCUCGGAGGGACGAGCGCGUUGAACUAUAUGGCGUGGAAUCGCGCUAGUAGGGAUGAUUAUGAUGCGUGGGAGGCUUUGGGUAAUGAAGGUUGGGGAUGGGAUGGACUUCUACCCUUUUUUAAACGAUCUGAGACGUUCCAUCCACCCAGUCAGAAGGUUCUAAGUGAGCAUGAAGUUGCUCACGAUGCAGACACUCUGGGCGACUCUGGUCCGAUCCAAAUAUCUUAUCCAACAGAUUACUCACCCUCUCACGGCCUUUGGCAUAAGACCCUCAAUGCUCUAGGUGUUCAAACCAAUCCUUCUCAUCUAAGCGGGUCAAACACUGGUGUUUGGACAUGCAUAAACGCCGUCGAUCCCUCCACGGGUCGACGAUCAUAUGCAACGGAUUAUCUAGUCAACGAGCCGCAUAACCUUUACAUUCUUACCAACGCAACGGUAAAUGAGAUCAUCAUCAACGAAGACAAGAUCGCUACCGGUAUUCACUUCACGUAUCAUGAUGAAGAGUAUACUGUUUCUGCGACAAGGGAGAUUAUUCUCUCUGCGGGAAGUGUCAAGUCGCCGCAGAUAUUGGAGCUUUCAGGCAUUGGAAACCCUGAGAUUUUGGAACGCGCGAAUAUCCCCGUCAAGGUUGAGAGCUUGCAAGUUGGGGAGAAUCUGCAGGAGCAUAUCAUGCUCGCUACGAUUUUUGAAGUUGAUUCUUCACUUGCCAAUCGUGAUGAUGUCCAAAAGGAAGAAAGUCUUGCCGCAGCUGCAAAGGAGCAAUAUGCUCAGACUGCUGAUGGACCAUUGACUAUCCUGCCUGUAUCUCUUUGCUACGUGCCUCUAGCACACUUCGUUUCAAAAGAGACUCUCGCCACGCUCCAUACCGAGGCAGAUCAGAUCUCAGAGUUUGACUCAGACAAACAUGAUAUCCUCACCCAUCGCCUAGACGGCAAUUCCAAACUCGGUCAGAUAGAGUAUAUAUUUGACCUCGGCAACUGGAACCCGAAUUUCAAGGGCGAAGAGGGCAAGAAGUACGGUACCAUGCUGCAAAUUCUUCAAUAUCCUUUUAGUGUCGGCUCAAUCCACGUUCGUUCUUCUCGCGAGGCUGACGAAUCACCUGAUAUCGACCCAAAGUACUACGAAGGUAUACACGGAAACCUCGACCUGGAAGUCAUGAAGCAGUGUCUACAAUUCGUGAAGAAGAUUGUACACACUGAACCUUUGGCGAAGAUUAUUCGCGCACCUGCUUCCCCUCCAGCAGCAGCCUACAACGAUGCGAAGCUCAUUGGUGAAUGGAUCACACAGAACACGAUUACAGACUGGCACCCUGUCGGAACAUGUGCCAUGGGUGGUCGAGCCGGUAUCGAAGGUGGAGUCGUCGACUCAAGGCUCCGAGUCUAUGGCGUCAAGGGCCUUAGAGUUGUUGACGCGAGUAUCAUGCCUCUACAGGUCAGCGCGCAUAUCCAAGCGACUGUUUAUGCUAUCGCAGAGAAGGCGGCUCAUAUGAUUAUUGAGGAUGCGAGAAGUGUUGAUAUGGCGCGAGAAAAGGCUUGGAGGCAGGCUAGACUUUAA